AUGUCGCGGCGCAUGCCAGAUGAGCUCUGGGUGUAUAUCCUAUCACAUCUGUCAACCUUCAAAUGCCUUAGAGAUGCAGCCCUCACUUCUCCAACUUGGCUCCGAUGCGCCUCGUCAGCAUGUCGGCAGGUGGUCCUGAACGAAAUCGGCCACCUUUCACUUCCUUAUGCUGUCAUGGCGCUGGAGUCCUCCAAAUUUGACCCGAAAGACCUGAAUCUCGUUGCCGCCUUUAGUGACGAAUAUCUCAAGAGACGGCCGCGUGUUCCUCCCACCAUCAGCUUAUCAGAUGGCUUCCAACUAGCAGAAUUACACCAGUGCGUCGGCCAUCUGGGAUCCAAGUUUCGGGACAUGGCACUGCAUCGUCUCAUGAAAGAGCAGUGCAGUCUCGCCAACGACCGUCCUGACUGGCCUGACGCACCUUCUUCCGCUGAGAAGCCAACCGAUGCCGAGUCUGCUCGUUUUCACAGAGCCCUCUAUCGAUUCGAGGUCUACUGCAAGCUUUUCAAAGACCCCGAAGUUGUACGAUUCAACCUGGAUAUCGUAAACUUCCAGAGAGCGCACUUUUUUGAUUACCUGUCACUUUGGGAGAUUGAACAAUUGGUUGCGACAAGGGAUUUUCUUGCAGCGGUUGUCAUUGGUCCUCCAUUGCGUGCGCUCGUGGAGCUUCGUAAGAUCGAGGCUCUGCAGACACACCAUUGCGGCCCUAGAAAUGGCGCUCAAGUUGUGUACUGGACCGCUCCAAUCUUACCUCCCAAUUUGGAGCGCGGCGAUUGCCACAUCAACCAGAACCAGGCUCGACUGCUAUGCUUUGGGAUCAAGUUUCUCUACAGGGUGUCAACAUCACCGCCAACUCAGUUCUACCAGCUACUUCUCGCCCUCCCGCAACAGCCACGGUACGCCAGUUACAACCGGGUUGGCGAGAUUUACUCAUGGUUCACGGAUGCUGUUGACAGAUGUGUCGAAAUGAGCAACUUGGAACUCCCGAUCAGGAAAGCUCUGUCAUCCUAUACUCCGGACGAGUACAAAGAGCAUGUCCGACAGUCACUGAUAAGCGAGGACACCGAUAAGGGCCCAGAAGAAGCCUGGUAUUGGGCAUAUCAAUCUUUUCCAGGGUCAACCUGCAAUGAUCCUCGGAUGACGAACUGUCGUCUCUUUGGCUUGUUCUUCUGGGACUCUGCUCGGCUCAACACCAUCAACUUCUUCACCCGUGUCGAUGUUUGGUGGUGGCGGUGGGAAGGGGCCCGGCAACCAGACUUCGACUGGGAAAUCGAAGCGACGGUUCCUCCGGCAUCCUUUUGGUGA